AUGCCAACAGGACAUUCUUCAGACCAAUCUUCUGGUCAGUCAUCGAACCUCACCGCCAAGGGCUACUAUGCGACCUGCGAUGCGAAGGGUGGAGUGCCGGGCCGCAUGGACCAGUUCCUGACACAGCGUGACACGAUGGAACGAUUCUGGGUUACCGGGCAGCCAACUGGCAAGUCAAAAGCGUCAAAGGCACAGGACUUGAAAGCAUGGGACCGCCAGUGGGCAAGUUUGCAGCGAAAGGAUAAGCCGUAA